CGGCGACCGGGUUUAUUAAUGGUGGAAAGGGAGGGGGCGUUCACGUCCGCAGUAAAAAGUCAGCAAGCGGCAGUUUGUCGUUAGUCCUCCAACGGACAUCAAAGAGGUGGUGGACGUUAGCUGCUGUGCGGUUAAGACCAUUAUGCAACCUCCUGCGAGACGCUUUGGACCUCGCUAGACUGUCCUCGUCACACGUUACGACUCUCUAAAAAUCCUCGACGUCGUCCACCAUGCCGUCCCUGCGACACUCUUACACGGUGACAGCACCGGAGGAACCAGCCACCGCUCUCCCCGCAGCAAAGCCAGAUUUGCAGCGCAAGGGUCGGUCCUUGUCCCGGUCCAUGCUGGUGUCCACAUUCAUGGGGCUGAUCAUCAACCAGGCCAAGAAGCAGAGUCCGCAAGGCCUGGUGGGACUGAAGAACCUUGGAAACACCUGUUUCAUGAACUCUAUCCUCCAGUGUUUGAGUAACACCCCAGAGUUGAGGGACUACUGCCUAAGGGAUGUCCAUCGAACCGACCUGAACAACAACAGCAGGACGAGUUCGGCUCUCAUUGACGAGUUUGCCAAGCUGACUCGGAGCUUGUGGACGUCCUUCAACGAGACAGUCACUCCCUCCGAUUUCAGGAACCAGGUCCAGCUGUACGCUCCUAAAUUUGCAGGGUGCAAUCAGCAGGACGCCCAGGAGUUCCUGCGCUUCCUGCUGGACGGCCUCCAUAACGAGGUGAACAGGGUGACGACGUCCGCCAGGCUGCCUGACCAGGACUUUGACCACCUCUCGGAGGACGAAAAAGCCAAGCGAACAUGGAGCUUGUAUUUGGAGCGGGAGGACAGCAAAGUCGUGGAUUUGUUCGUCGGGCAGCUGAAGAGCUCCCUGACGUGCACCGUCUGCGGCUUCCGCUCCACGGUCUUUGAGCCCUUCUGGGACCUCUCCAUACCCAUCGCACCGAGGAUCUCUGGCGAGGUGACUCUCAGAGAUUGCCUGAGGGUGUUCACCAAGGAGGAUGUGCUGGAUGGAGACGAGAGACCGACUUGCAACAAAUGCAAAGCCAGGCGAAAAUGCACCAAAAGAUUCAGCAUUCAGAAGUUCCCUCAGAUUCUUGUGCUUCACCUGAAGCGUUUCUCCGACUCCAACAUCCGAGCCAGCAAGCUGUCCACGUACGUCAACUUCCCCCUCAAGGAGCUCGACCUGCGGGAGUUUGCCUCUGAGAGCGGUGAGCGCGUUAUGUACAACCUCUACGCAGUAUCCAACCACUGGGGGAACACGCUGGGGGGUCAUUACACCGCCUACUGUAAGAACGCCACUGUAGGGGAGUGGUACAGCUACAACGACUGCAGGGUGAGCCCCAUGUCCUCCAGCCAGGUCCGCAGCAGCAACGCCUACAUCCUCUUCUACGAGCUCGCUGCCUCGCCGCACAGCAAAAGUCAGACGUGUCGCCUUUAGGCGCCCUGAAAACCGCACCUGCAAAAAAAAUGUAUAACUGUUGUUCCGCCUGCAGGGUGAGCACGCCCCCUUGUGGAAAGAGCAGCCUGUGACUGCAAGGCCGCAGGUCGGGACACGUAUGAACUGUUUUACAAGUGUCCCGUCCUGGACCUGAAUUUAUAUUUUUCUUAGUCUUUUUCAGGAUUUUUCUUGAGGGUUUUUUGUAUGCACUUUAAACAUGAACUAUUGACGACAACUGCAAUUUAUAAUUUAUUCUAUUAAGAGGGGAAAAAAGGCCCUGGAGUUCUCUGUUUUAGAACAACUGUGAUGCACCACAAGUAUGGGAGACGAGGCUUCAAUGCUUUAUUUUUGUACAGCACAGUUGAAAGUACACACUGCAGCACAGCCAGGAACACCAAAGCAGCAGCAACUGAGUGUGUGUGUGUGUGUGUGUGUGUGUGUGUGUGUGUGUGUGUAUGAUUAAAAGUCAAUUCAAACUGUUCCUUGCUUUGUUUCAUUUGAACAGGUAAGGUGGGAUGCUUCAAAACUGCAAAGAUAUUACAAUUAGUAUGAAUACAAUACAUACUGUAUGCACAGACCUGAUCACUAUCUUAAGACCAGUUGAAAAAUUGCUAGAAUUUGCAUUUUGCACAUUUGGAUCUUAAUGAGGGCCGCACGGUGGUCUAGUGGUUAGCACGUUGGCCAACACAGUAACAGCUUGGAGAUCGGGAAGAGAUCGGGAGAUCGGGAAGACCUGGGUUCGAUUCUCCCCUGGGCAUUUCUGUGUGGAGUUUGCAUGUUCUCCCCGUGUGCGCGCGGGUUUUCUCCGGGUACUCCAGCUUCCUCCCACAUUCCAAAAACAUGCAGGUGAGGUUAAUUGACGACUCUAAAUUGCCCAUAGGUAUGAAUGUGAGUGUGAAUGGUUGUCUAUAUGUGCCCUGCGAUUGGCUGGCGACCAGUCCAGGGUGUACCCCGCCUGUCGCCUGAAGUCAGCUGGGAUAGGCUCCAGCAUGCCCCCGCGACCCUAAUGAGGAAGAAGCGGUAUAGAAAAUGGAUGGAUGGAUCUUAAUGGGGUUUUAAGUAGAACCACAAUAUGCAAAAACAAGAAGGGGGAGUGAGACAAAAAGCACUUUGAAAAAGUAAUUUAUUGAAAACAACAAAACAAACUGAAAUAGGCUGUUUAAUAAUAAAUGUGUUAGAAGUGGGGAAAAAAAAUCCUAGUUCAGCACCAACUUGUACACUUUUUUUUUAUCACUACUGUCCAACAAAAAAUAGACAUCUCCCAAGUUUGGGAGAUACAUGGCUUUUCAUUUCAACCCAAACACACAUUUUUCACUUUUGUGUGUGUGUGUGUGUGUGGAAAACAAAAAAGGAAUCUUAAAAAGGGCGAUACAUUUAAUAUAUACACACAAAUAUAUGCCCUGUUUUUUGUGCGUCCAAAACAACCAAGUUUAUUUCACAAAAUGUUUUUUUUUGUUGUUGGACAGCAACAUAAUGCUUAAAAAUGCUUUAAAAAAAAUCUCCCAAUUUUGUAAAAUACAUUUUUUGUUCCAGCCAAAAUAAUAAAAUAUUAAUAAAAAUAUAAAUUACAAUAUAUAUUUAUACACACACACACAUUGGUGUGAAAAAGUGUUUGCCCCCUUACUGAUUUCUUUUUUUUUUUGCAUGUUUGUCAUGCUUAAAUGUUUCAGAUCAUCAAACAAAUUUAAAUAUUAGUCAAUGACAACACAACUGAACACAAAAUGCAGUUUUUAAAUGAACCUUUUUAUUAUUAAGGGAGAAAAAAAAUCCAAACCUACAUGUCCCUGUGCGGAAAAGGUUGUCAGUGUGGAAAAGGUUAUAAAGAAAUUUCUAAAGAAUUGGGACUCCAGUGAACCACAGUGAGAGCCAUUAUCCAGAAAUGGGGAAAACAUGAAACAGUGGUGAACCUUCCCAGGCGUGGCCGGCCAACCAAAAUGACCCCAAGAGCGCAGCGAUGACUCAUCUAGAGGUCACAAAAGACCCCACAACAACAUCCAAAGAACUGCAGGCCUCACUUGCCUCAGUUGAGGUCAGUGUUCAUGACUCCACCAUAAGAAAGACACCAUUACAUCUGGUGUAAAAGUAACGCCGCAUUUCAGAAAAAGAACAUCAUACCAAUAGUAAAAUAUGGUGGUGGUAGUGUGAUGGUCUGGGGCUGUUUUGCUGCUUCAGGACCUGGAAGACUUGAACCAUGAAUUCUGCUGUCUACCAAAAUUCUCCAAAUUAAAUUAAAUUAUUAUUUGGAUCCGCAGUCACAACAAAAAUAAAACAAAAAUACAGUACUGUUAUGCAUUAUAAAUGAAGUGGCAAAAAAAUACUAGCUCUGCACCAAAGUGUAAUAAUUGUAAAAACUGCUAAAAACAAAACAAACAAAAAAAACGAUUGGUUGAUUGAUUGGUCAUUGCAGGACAGUGGUUGACCAUUCACCUUAUGUAACAAUAGCUAAAAAAGGGGAGGGGUCAUCUGAAAUACCCAAACCGGUCACAAGGUGGCCUCGUCAAGCACACUCCCGGUUUUGUUUUUUGGCGAGUAAAAAAAAAGUACAACAAAGUAGUUGACUACCGUUUUCAUAGCAUAGUUGGUGAGGGUGAGCAAGUGUAAACGAACAGCAUGAAUGAGCAGAUUACGGCCAGAUUGGAUUUACACGGCUAAACCGCGUGAUCCACUUCCUGUAGCCGGUGCUUGGAUUAAAUGCUGCG